GGGAGGGACGCAGCGGGCGGAGAGCCUGAGAGGUGAAGCGAGAAAGACAGACAAAAGAGUGGAGACAGUGUGAGAGUCAGCAUCUGGGAAGAACAAACAAGUGCCACUGCCAUCCCGCUAGGACACGCACACAAGCGCACAAUGAAUUGUCCGAACUUCACCUGGAACUUAAACAACAUUUGACGGCCUCUGAAGUGGCGGCGGCGGGGGCGGAACGCCAAGUAGACAGCCCCUGCUCCCUCACGCUUACCGUUCCCGAUGAGGGAACGCGGGGAAUAACAAUCCAGCCUCUGUGAAGAAGAAGCAGUAGACGGAUGCUGCGCGCUCUCAGGAUGGCGGAAUACCGGCAUAUGGAGCGAGACUGAAGCAAGGAGUUAAAGAGGGGGGGUGGGGAGGGUGGCGAACGUGCAAGAUUUUUUGCCUGUCAGAAUCAGAGAGAGGGGGGAAGGCGGACGAUGCAUCUGUUCUUCCGAGAGAAAUGGGAGGUGGAGGGGCUGCAGACGGUGGGCAUCCUCCUGGUGGUGUGCAGCUCUCUCAAACUGAUGCACUUUUUGGGGCUUAUCGACCUUACCACGGCAGGUAAGAUGAAUGACAGCGUAGAAGAUGACUUUGAGCUCUCCACCGUGUGCCACCGGCCGGAAAGCAUGGAUAAAUUGCAGGAGCAGACCAAGUUCACCAAAAAGGAGCUGCAGGUUCUCUACAGGGGCUUCAAAAACGAGUGUCCGAGCGGUGUGGUGAAUGAGGAGAACUUUAAGAACAUCUACUCGCAGUUCUUUCCCCAGGGAGGUGAGUCACAACUGAUUUGUAGUCAUCCCCCACUAUUCAGAGAGGUUUUUGGGAUGUUGGGAGCUUUUGCAUUUCCUUUACGUUUGUGCUGCGUCUUUACAGAUUCGAGUACGUAUGCGCACUUCUUGUUUGAAGCCUUCGACACCGACAAGAACGGUUCAGUUAGCUUUGAGGACUUUGUAUUUGGCCUGUCUAUCAUCCUGAGAGGGACCAUUAACGACCGCUUAAACUGGGCCUUUAACCUCUACGACCUGAACAAGGAUGGCUGCAUCACCAAAGACGAGAUGCUGGACAUCAUGAAGUCCAUCUACGACAUGAUGGGAAAGUACACGUAUCCCACGAUGCAGGAUGAUGCCCCCAGAGAGCAUGUCGAGAACUUUUUCCAGAAAAUGGACCGAAAUAAAGAUGGAGUGGUUACAAUAGAGGAAUUCAUUGAGUCGUGUAAAAAGGACGAGAACAUCAUGCAGUCCAUGCAGCUAUUUGACAAUGUCAUCUAAGGACCAAGAAGGGUGCUGGUUUGCAGUGUGGAGGAACACCGGGGGGUAGAAGGCAAGCAGCGGGCUGACAGACACGAGCACAAAGCCAACCACCUCGCCCCCCACCACCCCCGCCAACCUCUUUUCUUGCCACUUCUUCUAUUCCUGCCAGAAUGGUAGCGCUCCAAGUGAGGAUGCUGCCGCCCCCAAAACCUCAUCACUGACUUUGUGCAUGUGCCCCUGUGACACAAAAAAGGAAUCUGACGCACUCACGCCGGGCGAGAGCAAUUGCGACAUUCCUGGGAGAUUCCAAGGGCGUCAGGCUUAAACUCGGAACUGAUUUCAAAAUCGCAUGAUGAUGUCACUUAUAUCCGACGAUGACGCUAUUUAUCGCGACGCUCCGAAGUCCGCUUGUCCGUCUGCUGUUUCCCGGUCAUCCACAGGUGCCUCAACGCUUGUGCAAAGUGCAUGUGCAACAGGAUGACCGUGACUUCUCCAUCUUGCCUCUAUGGAGGAAUCGACUGGGAACAACACCCUUCUUCAUUCAGCGGAUUCUGCGAGAACGAGUCUUGGCCUUCCAAACCAUUUCCGUCCGUCUUAGCUGUAGGUGUCUGCUGACGAUCAUGCACCAUAGCUGACAGACCACCGCAGUGGUUCUAGCCUUUAAUGAAACAUUUGUGGGGAGUGUCAUAGACUGCAGACCGUGUUUGUGAACUUUGUGAUCAGAUGAAUCAUGUGAUUAGAGCGGGGUCUUUGAAACAAAAAGAAAUUAGCAGGUUUUCAGAGUGUGAGGCAGACGAAAAGGAAUUCAGGGGCGGCGCAGCAGCUUGAGGGGGAAAAUAAAAUUAAAGAAAGGACUAUGCAGUGGAACCUCCAGAGUGAAACACUACAAAAGAGUUAUGAAUUCAAGUGAAAAAUAAAAUUAGGACUAAUAUGGCUCAAAAAUCAUUUUUGCUUUACCUUUUGUUUUUGACAUGCACUUCAAUACAGAAAUCUAUUUAAAAUGUCACUGACCGCAUCACUCUGUAAACCCAUUUCUGUUUCUUCUUCGCAGGGGUCUACAAAGGGUGAGUACGAUUACCGUAUGUUUUGGUUUUGUUUCACAGAAUUUUUACUUUAUAUUUCUAUGGUACUAGAAGAGUAUUAAAAUGUGAGUAAAUGCUGUAGUUAAAGUAAACUUUUUAAUUGUGAUUUUUAUCUCCUUCGCAGAAUGAAGUACAUACCUAUGUUCUUUUUAAUGGGGAAAAAAAAAGUUUUUUAAAUGGAGGUUCCAUUGCAUGUUUCAUAAACUUGCAUAGGUAUGUUUAAAGGGGAAGUCUACUGUAAAAUGUUCUUUAGAAUAAUAACUUCUAUUCAGCCUCACGAGUCUAAACACGGCAUUCUCAUUCUCAUGGAACAUGAGUUAAGCGGUAAAAUUCCCCCCCCCCCCCCCAUCCCCCCUGUCUCAGGGUGCAGCCCUAUUGCCACUUGCUGUUGACUGAAAAUGACAUCACAGUUGCUCAGGGCUCCGUGAACAACCAACCGUAGCUCAGUUUCAGAAUAUACAGGUGAGCCGUGAUUGGUCAUAACCUGAGACCUGAUAUGUCAUUUUCAGUUGACAAAAAAUGGUCGCCCCCUGAAAUGGGUAAAAAAA